AUGGCGCGAUCAAGUCAGAACGUUUUCAGACAUGGCGAAGAGCAUCGGUAGUAUUCUUUUACUAAUAUUCGCGCUGUCGUUUAUAUGGGCAGAUGAACACGAACGACGAUGGAACACGCCGCCAGAACUAACGUCGGUCGUCAAGAUCUUAGACAAUGAGGAACCCCAGACGCGUCUUCUUUCCUUCAUUCCCGCCACAACGACUGUCAGUUUAAACGCAGGGAAUAACAAUGCACACUCUGUCAGCCUGGGUGCGGGUCUCGACGGUAUUAGCCUUUCGGGAAGUAACAGUUACAAUCAUCCUAAGGGAUAUGGAUCUUCCAUUUCCGUAAGCAAAUCGGCGACCGUUUCCGCGGGAUUAUCGGGAAUUUCUACCGCGAGCGCGGAAGCUUAUAGUAACGGUAACAAUGCCAAGACUGAAAGCCACUCGUUCAGCUUUGGUCAAGCAACUGCAACUUCUUUCGGAACGAACGAAAAUGGACAAGCGAUUACUGGCGCUGCAUCUUCCGCUGGUACCUCGCAAUCCUCUACAAUUGGUGGUAAUCAUAGACAAUUUUCGCAAGCUGGCACCGUGAAUGUGCGAUAUCCCUAUUCGUCCACAUGGAGCAACAUUAGUCCAAACAACGGAUACAAUGAUCACCGUUUUAAUCGGCCAACAUUGACUAUUUCAACAAAACCGCGCGAUGAAACAUUGCCAACAUUGAAUAUCGACGUGUCUAGCACAUCCAAUACAAGACAAGAACAAGAGCCGACGGUUCAUAUCUACAAAUGGCGACCGAAUCAUAGGGUUUCCCGGCCAGAUUUCUCGAUUGACUUUCAGCUGCACGAUCCUAGGAACGGUCGAACUCAUGGAUCGCCGAGUCUUCAAAUCGAAAGCAAAGACUCUAAAAAUUCUAAACAGGGGUAUUCCGACAGUGAUUUAAUUUCUGAUCUCGCAGAAACCGUUGGUGAAUUAUUUGAUAUUGUAUAAUGAGUGUAAAAACAAAAAUCAAUAUGUAUUUUACAUUUAUA